AUGAGACCUUUUACUGCUCACCGUAUGCUAUUCAAUGGCAUCAGGAACACAGUUGGCAAAAGAUUGAGCUCUACUGCGUCUCGAAGUUUCUUUCUGUCCCCUAAGUUGACAGCCAGGGCGACAGGUCUGACCAUAGCAACUUCUGUAGGUAUUGCAGCUCCUUGGCUUUACAAAUUCGGUAGCAUUAUUUACAAUGAUGCUGUGGUCGAUGCUAACGGGAACCCAACGGCUGCUGUGGCAUCCCUAACUGAACGUGCCACAGAGACGCCAGUCAAGCCAAGAUCAAGAUUUGGUGGCAAGCUUGACUACCGACAGCUCUGUAUCGGAUCGAUCUUCGGUCUGGUGCUCGGGGUUGUUGUCGGCAAGAUCUCCACGUUGCUUGUCUAUGUAACAGCCGUGGGCUUUCUUUGCAUCCAAUGGCUGCAGAAUCGAGGCAUGAUUGACAAGGACAUGACAGGAUCUAUCUUUGCCAGAUACAUCGUCAAGACCGGCCGUGAGACUAUCGACUUCAACACGCUAGUUUGGGAAAGACCCAGUUUCAAGAUCUCAUUUUUAUUAACAUUUCUGCUAGCGGCAGCGAAUAUUUGA